AUGGGCAAGAAGAAGGCGACAGACCCCUCGGACGAUUCGGGAUCGACGAAGACCAAAUCGACGACCGCGUCUGGAUUUGCUAUCCAGACCCGAAAGAAUGGCAUUCUCGAACCACGACACUCUAAACCACCCACAAACCUCGAAGACCUCUACGAAAGGCACGCCAAGUCCCGCGAGACAGCCUCGCCAACCGAGUCUGUGUAUAAGCAGUACACCAAGAUGGCUGGGCAAGCUAGAAACGAAACCACCAUGCUUAUCGAGACCAGUGGGAGGCUAUUAAAGGAGUACCACGACGAGGGCUAUACGAGAGAAUUCAACCAGGCAUUCACGGGCUAUCCAAAAGACGUUGGCUUCAAUAAUGGCUUAUCUGCUCCACAGCCCGACUUCGUGGAGGGACUCGAGAUGGAGGAGUACCUCCCGUUCCCCAUCGACGAGUAUGUCGCCGGAGCUGUUCUAUAUAAGGACGACCCAGGUUCCGUGACGCUGCCGCAUAUAGCGGGAGAGUGGAAGGGCCCCACGGGAGACAUUAGAGAAGCAGAACUACAGAGCCGAUAUGACGGAGCAGCCCUGGUCCACGCGAGGAACCAAGCUCUCUCCCACUUGGGAAAAUCCGACCCCCCUGGCCACGCCUCAAUUACGACAUUCACUACGGACGGCAAGAACAUCAAUUUCUUUGCACACUAUGCGGCUGAUUCAGAAGACGGCACGCUAGAAUACCACCAGUUUCCUAUCAAGUCGACAAGUUUGGUCAACUCUCACGCGGAACACAAGGAGGGUCGAAAGAGACUGAGGAACGCCCAGGACUACGCCAAGGAACAAUCGUACGUUCUAAAGGACCAGCUGAAGGAGUACUACAAGCAGCAGCGUAGCAGUGGUCUCGAUCCUAUCGCUACAACGGUGCCGACCUUGCCUACGUCGGGCGUCGAACCGCUACUCGCCUACGAGGACGAGGGCGAGGGCGAGGGCGAGGGCGAGGGCGAGGGCGAUUAUGACGUCGAACCACAGCCUGUCUACCAGCCGACGCCCCCUACAUCGUCCAACCCCAAGGGCAGUACAUCGCACCACUCGCACUCGACGCCGCAUUCGUCAAAGGCCCCAACCACACAUGGUUCUGCCGCCAGCAGCGGCCAUAAACGAAAGGCCUCUUCAUCGCAUACGUCAUCGCAGACGUCAUCGUACGCAUCCUCCAGGCACAGGCACAAGAGCUACUGGAAGAAGGACCCCGAAACUGGACGUUACUACCAUAAGCAUUCGGAUGGUACCUUCACUUGGCUUGAUGACGAGGAAGACGAGCGUGACUAG